CUGACACAUCCAUUGGCCAUGUGAUGUGGUAAGAUCCUGGCACCGGCGGGAACACGGCCGCCUUCAUGAGUUCAGCUGCGUGUUUGUAUAUCCAUCGAAGUACUUGUACAAGUAGUGCUUCCCAUCCUUCCACCAUCCCUCUCCCCAGACACGACAAACCCACCAAAGGCCUUCUCAGCGCUGCCCGUCUGCACUCCGGCACCCUCUCACAUCUCCAGACCCAGAGGCGCUAAUGCAGCGGGCUUGCGGUGUCAGAAAGACCCUCCCCGGGCGCACCAAGGCCCAUCACACAGGUUUGCAUGGGAAAAAGCAGUGGAAGGUCUAGUCUGGUUGAUCUAGCUGUUGCAGUCGCUCCCUAAUCUCAAAAAUCCUUCCUUCACCGUCUGAUUCCACUCAAGGAGCGCUGAAGGGUCGCAGACAGACAGACAGACAGACAGACAGUGGUGCCGAUUUGCCUUUCCUCCCGUUCUUAAUCUCUGUCCUCACCGCUGGUCCGGGUGGUCCGAUUCCGUCGACCCACGGCUUGCCGCUGCAGGGCCUGGCGUUGGGUGGGGAGCCAGGCAGCUUCCUCUCCUCGGCAGCACCGGGGGCCCCAGCUGCAGUCACGCAUUCAUUCAUGUGCACCGUGUAUGUGUGUUUCUGUGUCUGGUCUGCCCUCUCAGUCACGCACUUGGAGGAUGUGGCUUCUGUCGUGGAAUGGGCUUGACCUUCUCCUUGACCUCCUCCUCCUUCUUUGGUGGGUGUGUCGGGUGUUCUUCUGCUGUUUCUUCCUCGCUCACUGGUUGUAUCAUUUCUUCCUCUUCUUCUGCUGCCACUUCGCCUUCUCCUGGCCCAGAGACAUACAAAAAAGCCGGUCACUUCGUUCAUCCAUUCAUCUGCUGUUCACUCUCUCACCUUUGCUGAGUCCUGGUAUGUACUCCUCAUCUUCCCAUUUAGCUUUCCUUCUCUCUUCAGCUCUUGUCACGCCGGGCUCGGGCUCGUGAGCGCCUGUGUAUCAUUCGUCCACGCAGCCAUGGAGACACACACAGGGAGACACACACCACGCCUGUCUGCCUGCACGGUUGGCCAUGCGCAAUUCACUGAAUGGCGUGAUACUCUGCUCACCUGGUUCUUCCAUAGCUGGUCCAGCCCCCUCGUCGCUGACUUGUCCAUUGAGCCUCUCAUCUGAGCAGGUGUGGAGAGAAACAAACCAUGCCUGUGGCCUGGCAGGCGCAAGACAAUGCGCUGUGCGUUGCUUACCCUCUAGUUUCUCGCGUGUACUUUCGUCAGUCUCAGUCACUGUCUGAUCCACAUCUGACAGAUGUUGAGACAAACAAAGCAUGCCUGUGGCCUGGCAGGCGCGAGGCAGGGCAAUGCGCUGUGCGUUGCGUACCCUCUGAAAUGGCUGUCUGACCCACAUCUGAUGUACCUGACUCCUCUGCGCGGAUGGAGACAAAACGAGACAUACAAUGUCGUCAUACGUAUGCAUGUCUUACUUGCUGCGUGUUUCCUAUCUUCUUCUGCUACUCCCAGCUCGGUCGUGUCUCCUUUUUCUUCCUGGCUCAAUUCUUCUCCUGUUUCUUCGGGCUUUGUCUUUCUUUCUUCUGCCACCUCUUCCACGGUCGAUCCUUUAUCUUCUUCUUUUUGUGUGACUUCAGACCUGCUUAUCCCUUCCUCCUCUUCCUCGGUGUCUUCUUCUUCUGUUGCCACUUCAGGCUCGUUCGUUUGUCUUUCUGCUACUUCUUCCUGGGUCGAUUCUCUAUCUUCUCCUAUUACUUCGGACCCGUUCACCGCUCGUAUCACAUUUUUAUCAAUCGCUGCUUCUUCUUCUUCUUCUUCUUGUUCUUCUCCUCCUCCUUCUCCCGUUGUUACUUGAGCUACUUCAUGCUCGCUCAUUCCUUCUGUCACCUCUUCUUCGAUCGGUUCAUUUCCUUCUUGGGUUAUUUUUUCUUCUGCCGGUUCCCCCUCGCUCACUUCCGCCUGCGAUUCUUCGAGUUUUUUUGUCUCUGCUUCCGGCUUGACUGCUGAUGGGACACACAGGCACGCACGUAGAAAAGACGGGAACAAAAUGGGACCCUGCAUGAGGGCGUGUGUUGUUGUCUGUUGCACGGUACCCCCCUCCGAAGAUAAGCUUGGUUCUUCGGCUUUUCCUGGCUCUUCUGUCACACAGAGAGACAUACAGAAAAGGUGCUGGCCCGGGCUUGACCUCCUUUUUCUUCGGCGGGUGUUCUUCUCGUCCGGUUUCUCCCCCGCUAACUUCUUCCGUGGUUGAGCUGCCCACCACAGCAGGCUGCUCACCUGUUUCCAAUGUGCCUCGUUCUGUUCCAGAGACGCCUUGAUCGCCUUGAUCUGUUCCAGAGACGCCACAGAGAGACAGACAGAAAAGGCGGUCACUUCAUUCAUCCAUUCAUCUGCUGUUCACUCUCUCACCUUUCCUGGAUCGUGGUAUGUACUCCUCAUCUUUCCAUUCAGCUUUCCUUGUCUCUUCAGCGCUCGUCACGCCGGGCUCGGGCUGGUAAGCGCCUGUGUAUCAUUCGUCCACGCAGCCAUGGAGACACACACCAGUCUGUCUGUGUCUGCAGAGUUGGCCUGUGCACGUCACUGAGUGUUGUGAUAUUCUGGUCACGUAGUUCUUCCAUGACUGAUCCGGUUUCACCGGUGACCUCUUCGCUUGUCUUCCCACGGUCUGGACAGAUGUGGACACAAGACAAGACAAGACACGACAUGACCAGUAAUGAAUGGUACACUGUGCUCGCUGAAAGUGUCACCGCUGAGGCUCUCUUUUCGUUGUGUCUCACUCUCCGUUUCUGGGCGUUCCUGGACGCUUUCUUUGUCAACCGAUUCAACUGCAGAUUCCCCGCUGACAGCUUCCUCGCCCAUCUUCUUCGCUGCGCAGAUGGAAGGCAAGACAUGCAGGAAGAAGAGUGCACUGUCGUUUGUCGUACCUGCUCCUGCAGGACGGGGAAAUUUUGGUGGUCGACGACCCUCUGUUCUUUCCAGUGGUUUUUCUCUUUCUUCCGCCUCCGUCUCAUCUUCCGACGCCCCGUUGGCGAGCGGUGCAGGCUCAUGGCCCUCUGUUCUCGUUAGUAUGUUUUCUCCUCCCGCUGCCUCUUCUCCUGAUUCCAGCUCUGUUUCUCUUCCGCUCCCGGAUAGGGUUAAGUCAUCUUCUGGACCGUCCUCGAGAGAGCUCUCUCCCCCGGACGGGAGGCCAUGUGCUGGUCCAUGGCCCUCUGUUGGCUCUACAUCUUUUUCUUCUUCUUCCCCCUUAUGGAUAGGAAUCCAUUCUCCUCCUUCGAGUUUGCCGCCUGCGAGCGGCAGAGACGUGAAGGCAAGACAAUAAAGGUUCGUGGCACAAGAGAGACAGUGUGGUGUGUGUAUAAGUGGACAUGUGUGGAUAUCUGUCGUACGUGUUUCUUCUUCUGCAGUGCUCGCGGUGUCCUCCCCAGACGUUUGGCUCUCUGACGGGAUAUUAACCCCAGGUACUUCGCCCUCUGAAGUACUGUCUCCAUGUGCUGGGACACGCAGACGCGGAUGAUUGUUCUUUGAAUGCGUGUGUGUGUGUGUGUUUCAGCAUUCAUGCUGCUGCCUUCCUGGCUGAUUAAGUCUUGCCCACUUGGCAGAUGGCCCGUCGUCUUCUGCAGCGCGGCCUCUGUCUCCCAAGAUGGCCGAUGCCCCGUCGUCUUGUUCAAAUCGGCUUCUGGCUUCUUGGAUGGCCCAAGUCCUGUGACUUGUUCUUUCUCGGAGGGGACGCCAUGCCCUCUUGUCUCUUGCAGCUCUUUUUCUGUCUCUCCCGCCUCCGUCUCUUCUCCCGAUGUCACGGUGGCGAGCGGUGCAGGCUUAUGGCCCUCUGUUCUCGUUAGUACGUUUUCUCUAGCCACCGCCUCUUCUUCUGAUUCCAGCACUUUUUCUCCCUCGCUCUCCGACAGGGUAAGGCCAUGUUCUGAGACGUCUUCUGGUGCGCUCUCUCUGUCGGACUGGAAGCCAUGUGCUGGCGCAUGACCCUGUGUUCCUUCUACAUCCUUUUCUCCUCCGCCCCCCCUCUUGUCGAUAGGAAUCCGUUCUCCUUCCUCCAGGUUGCCGCCUGCAGGGGACGGAGACGUGAAGGGAAGACAAUAAAUGUUCGUGGCACAAGAGAGCAGUGCGGUGCGCAUAUAGGCAAGCGUGUCACGUGUGUGAAUGUCUGUCGUACGUGCGUUCUCUUCCGUGUUCCCGAUGUCUUCCCCAGAUAUUUCUUGCUCUGAAGGGAUGCCCUCUUCAGGUAUUUCCCUCCCUGAAGUACUCUCUGCCCGCGGUGAGACACGCAGGCAGACACGCAUGAGGUGUGCUCUGCAUGUGUGUGCGUGUCUCUCAGUGUUCAUACUGCUGCCUUCCUGGCUGAUUGUAUCCCGCCCACCUGGCAGAUGGCCCGUCGUCUUCUGCAGUUCGGCCUCUAUCUCCCAAGAUGGCCGAUGCCCCGUCGUGUUCUUCAAAUCGGCUUCUGUCUUCCCGCCCAGGCCAGGUCCUGAGACGUCUUCCAGCUUUUUGUCGCCCUUGCCACGGACCAACCCAAGGUUGGCGAUUAGGGCGUGUCCGGGGUCUGCCGGUACACGUACAAGCUAUGGUGUUGCGUCAGCUGGCUGAUUUCUGCCCUUCCCACCAAGCUUGAAUAUCUCUUCCAGCGGUUUUUUGACCUCGGACUCGUCUGAGCGAACGGACUCCUCUUCGGCUGACAGAAACACAUUCAUAGUGUAUGACGCACCCACCGAGCGUGACGCUUUCUUCUUUGCUGUGUGCACCUGACAAAGGCCCUUCAGCUUGGGAGGAGGCUUUGCCGGCGGCGUCGUGGGGCAUGGUGUACUCGGGAGCUGCAGACAGAGGGAGCCACAGACGUGAUGCAUGAGCUGCAGAGCUCAUACUACCUUCUCCCUGAGACUCGUUCUGUGUAUUCAUGUCUUCGUCCAUCGAGUAUCGGAUUCCACUGUCUCCCUGUUGUGACUGGCCGCUCUCCCCGGCAUGCUGAUCAGCUCCCGGUCCAUCGCCAUCUCUGUGCCCGUGCAGCUCUGGACAGCCAUCCAUUCAUACACAGAUGCAUGUGCCAGCAGAACAGGCGCAGCAGCAUCCAUUCAUCCGAUUGCAUACGGGCGAAUCUGCUGUGUCCAGCGGAGGGACGAUCCAUCGAACGCCCCUUCAGAUGACUGUGACCAUGCUUGUGUGCAACAUGUCUGUGCCGACGAGCCGCGUGCUCGACAAGGGCGGCGGGAGGUGCAGCGGGAGCCACUUUGCUGGUCCUCUUGUGAUGCUGACGUCUUGCAGCAUGGUGGUGGUGUUGUGGCAUCGUUGCGUUGACCGGCAGGGCAAGUGGUAGGGACGGGUGGCGAAGAUUGAGGGGAGAGGGGGGCGCUGCAAAGCGCCUUCGUGUCAGAAAAGAGCCCGCAUGGGAAGGAUUGUCUGGCGGCGUGCGAAAGAGAGAGGCGGCGGCAUGAGUUGCCAGUGAGAGCAGGACAAUCACCAUGGCCCCUCUGCAAUGGGAUGGGUUCACGCAGGAAGCAUAAAGGUCUCGCCCAAGGGACGGCAGGGGUGGAAUAGGGAUGGCUUGUGGGAUAAGGGGGAUGAAGGCUGGGAAAGUCGGACAA